UAUGUAUAACAAAAACACAAAUAAGUUCAAACUAUAAGUGAAAAAAAAAUUGAAGGAAGAACUUUGUAAAACGCCAACUUUUUGUUGGUAACUUACAAUUACUAAAACAAAAAAAAACGUAACCCAGAGCAGGCAAAAUAUCGAGACAAACUAGCCGAAUAUACUCUGCGUGCUGAAUACAAAAAAAAAUCUCAAAUCUCAACGACACCCAUUAGAGGCUUCAAUUUGUGCUUAAAUCCGCUUUUGGAUUUUUGCGCAGAAAUAUUUAGUGCCACCAGUGGCUGCAAAGAAGUCUGAAAAAGGCGCCAUUUUAAAGCGAAUACUACAACUACAUACAUAAAUUAUUAAAUAUUAAAACCAAAAAACAACAAAAAAACAAAUUUAUCAAAAGAACAUUGCCAAACGCUGAGCUGAGACGUAACGACCGACCAACCAACAACCAACCAGCUAAAUCUCGUGGAAUUUCAUCUACUACUCUGCGUUAUUAUAGUUGCUAAACGGACAUAACUUACAAAGUAUCAGCAGGCGUACAUCAAUCUUCUAUUCUAUUAAGACUUUACUCGCAAAACAAGCCAUUUUACCAAUUGACGAUAUAUACGAUAAAUAUUUUUCCAGCGUUAUUUUGCAUAUUCUCUUUAUUGAAGCUGCUUAGAAGCAAACUUUGUUCCCACAAAAUCCACGAACUUUCCCGCGUGUUAUACUUUUGAUCGCUUUUACUACAACAAUAACAACUACUACUACUUAUAUAUUCAUCGUUCUAAUUUAUAAAAUCGUGUCGACCUGGUCAUUUACAUGUAUACAAUAUAUAUAUAUUCUCAUAACUUGAAAAGAUACGAACGCCAUAUUUGUAUUAUUUUUAAAAUUUAAAUAAAUAUAAGCCAAAGCCAAGCACUUAAAAACACAACAACAGCAUUCGGAAAAAGUCACACUCACAAAAUCUAAAAUCAACAAAAACAACAAGGAUAUCAAAAACUCUGAACAACACAAAUCAAAUCAGCUUAAAGAAGAAAACAACUGAAGGAGACGAACCAAAAACGAAAUUAAACUCUACAAAAGCUUAAAGGAAAAAAUCUAGAUAUACACCUCAAUACAUAUAUAUAUAUAUAUAUCUUGAAGUAACGGCGUUUGCCGCAUUUUGCCUAAUACAAAUCACCGAAUCUCCAUCAUCUUCCGUUUUUGCCACCAGAUUCUGAAAUAUUUGUAAACUCAAUAAUAACAACAAAAACUGAUUUUACUGAGAUCCUCAAGCUUUACAAUUAGCACUACCGAACUGCUUCGCUUGAACGCAUUUAACUGCAAGUAGAUUUUGCCACAACUUUUCGCGUAUUUUCUGGAAUUUUCGUCGUAUUUCGUUUGAACCCCAAUUAUUAAACCAAACGCCACUUAUGGCAUCACUCGAGGAACAACCAAUCGCAACGAUCACCGCCAUUUCCACCUUUGAUCCCGCUACCACCAAUACCUCUGCUGAUAUCGCUUCGAACGUAACCACUACUACCGGUUCUCAAGCUGCUGCUGCUGCCAACGCGCUAGUUGGUACUUUGUCGGCGCUGGACUCGGAUUUCGGCCUCACCGCUUGCGCCGAGAAACAACAACUCCUAACAGGCAGCAAUAGCGCUGUAGGUACUUUGAAUAUCAAUACCACAUCUACGACGACUGGUGCGGCUGUUGAUUCGAUUGUGGAAAAGCUUGUCAGCUCGCUAACGCUUGAUAUGGACUCGGACUCUUUGGGUAAUGGCAAUACAACAAUGUCCCGUGAUUUCAACUGCAACGGUAGCGUUACCAGCGAGCAUAAGAGCGUCUCAUCGCGUUCCUCCUCCUUGGCGGGCAAUAUGUUUAGCGAGGUGUUCGAGAAUAAGGGCAAUGACUUGGAAUCCGGUUCAUUGGAGGACUCGUGCAGCUCGAUCGGCGCCGAUGGUAUGGAUAAGAAUUGCAAGAUUUGCAGCUCGCGUUUAGUGACACCACGCGUGCUUUCAUGCCUCCAUGUAUUUUGCGAAUCUUGUCUGAUGAAACUGCUUACUGAAGAGUCGAACGGCAAUUCCUCAUCGGCAUCGUCCACUACUUCAACCGCCGGUGAGCUAAUGCCGCCAUUGAAGUCUGUUAUCGAGUGUCCCACGUGCAAACAAGUGACUAUGAUUGGCGCCAAAGGCAUUGAAUCGUUGACUUGCGAUUACAUAUUGACCAACAUACUCGAUCUCUCAACAAUCGAAUCGGAGCAAUUGUCGUGCACUUCGUGCAAGAGCAAGGAGAAGGCUAUUUCACGCUGCAGCGAUUGUGCUAAUUUCUUGUGCAGCGGUUGCGACAACGCCCACAAGUAUAUGCGUUGCUUUGAGAAUCACGAAGUGGUUAAGCUCGAAGAUUUGCAGAAGUCCACAGCCGACAAGCCGUUGACCAUACACAAGCCGCUUUUCUGCAAUGUCCAUACCGCUGAAAAUCUCAAGUACUAUUGCUUCAAUUGCCAAAUACCGGUGUGCAACGAUUGCUUAAUAGCCGAUCACAAGGGCAGUGAGCAUCACUACGAUGUCAUCGCCAUGGCCGAGAAGUCAGUGCGUGUCGAUGUUGAAAAUCUGAUGAAGGAAGCCAAAUCAAAGGUGCAAUAUUGUGAUGCUGCCGCUUCGAAUCUUUCUAGCGCACUCACUGAACUACAAACCCAACAUGAUUCGGCACGCGCGCGCAUUGAUGAGACCUACCAGAACUACAAGAAGAUCUUAGAAAAGUGCCGCGAUCAAUCACUAAACGAGUUGGGCAAGUUACACUCGGAACGUGAGCUCAAAGUUAUGGAUUUGCUGCAGCACAUCGAAAAUACGAUGGGCAAAAUCGAUAGCACUUGCAAAUUCACCAUGCGUGUGCUGGAUCAAGCCAAUGCCGCCGAAUUUUUGUCCAUGAAGAAGUUGAUCAGCUCGCAAUUUAUAAACCUGAUCAACAGUACACCAAAGUGUGACAUUAACUAUUCACUUACCUUCGACACCAAAGCGGAGAAAUUCGAGCAGGUCGCCCAGGAGACCUUUGGUAAAUUCCGCACUGAGUCAACACCGCCCUCACCCAAGGAGAGCACACCGCCACCCACGCUACCGGGCAUGCCACCGAACAUGAUGAGCAGUCGCAGCGGCGGUAUGAACACUUGCGGCUCACAGGGUCAGCUAGCCGGUGGCAGUUCCGUUACCGCCAGCAGCCCAAUAUCUUUGCCGACUUCCAUGCAAAGCUCAUUCGAUGGUGACUUCUCGGUAUUGGGCAAUGGAUUCCUCAUGCCGAAUGUGUUGACACCGGACUCGCCUCCACAUCAGCCACCCCCAUUGCAUCACCAAAUUUCCCAUCAACAACAACAACAGCAACAACAACAAUCACAGCCACCGGCAACACAACAACCAGUACAUGGUGUAAACGGUGUACGCGGCGGUUUUGAUGGCGUCGGUUGUGUUGGUGUUGGCGGUGGCGGUGGUGGCUUGCCAGGUACAGGCCUUGCCAACGGCUUAAAUGCGCUUACAGGCGGUCAUGGUCCAAUGCAUGGCCACAAUCAAGGCCAUGGCCAUGGCCACGGCCACGGUCACAAUCCGCUUGGCGGCAAUCCACUAAACAGCGCUGGUAAUAAUUUGAGUGUUGGCUUGAACAACAACCCAUUAGGCAAUGGUAUAAACGCAACGCUCAGCCAAGGCUUAAGUGGUCUGGGCGGUGGUGCUGCUGGCGGCGGCGGCGGUGCCGGCAGUGGUAUGAAUGGCGGCCUUAAUGGCGCACUCAAUGGAGGACUGAACGGACCGAAUAAUCCGGGCGGCGUUGGUAGUGGUGCACCGCCACCAAGCGCUUACAACAGUAUUCUCGAGUACAAUUUGUCACGUCUUGCCAGCCUCACGGAGGCCACACCGGAUGUCACGCUCAACGACGCCUUGGUGGGCCCCGGCGCCAGCGCUGGUGGUCAUCACCAGGCCGUGGUGCCAGCAUCGUCGGCACAGAAUCAACAGAUCUCAUUGGCGGACAUACUGUCGGGUGAUCAACGCGCUUUCAACAAUUUGCAGGCGCUUGCCAAAAUGGGACUCAAUAACAAUGAUUUUCACACAGACAUGAAUCAGCUUUUAUCGAGCGGAGCUUCACCCGGAAUUGAUUGUAUAUUACCAGAUUUCUGCCUACCCGCAGCCACAUCGCCCAGCCUCUCAACACUCGGGCCACUCGGCGCUGGACCCGUCGAUGAUAUGUCCAUUACGAAUUUCCAUGCUGGCGCCGCACCGGGCACAACCAACAUUGUCACCGGUCGCAACAAGGCAACACCCAUGCAGAUACGUUGUAAAUUCGGUUCGCUCGGCACCUCUAAGGGUCAAUUCAAUUCACCACACGGUUUUUGCUUGGGUGUAGACGAAGAGAUCAUUGUCGCCGAUACGAAUAAUCAUCGCAUUGAAGUUUUCGACAAAACCGGUACGCUUAAAUUCCAAUUUGGCGUACCCGGCAAGGAAGAGGGUCAACUAUGGUAUCCCCGUAAAGUCGCCGUUAUGCAUACCAAUGGCAAAUUCGUUGUAUGUGAUCGUGGCAAUGAACGCUCGCGCAUGCAGAUAUUCUCAAAGUGUGGGCAUUUCAUGCGCAAGAUCGCCAUCAGAUACAUUGAUAUCGUCGCUGGUCUGGCUGUUACCUCCAAGGGUCAUAUUGUAGCUGUAGAUAGCGUGUCGCCUACAGUUUUCGUUAUAUCCGAGGAUGGUGAGCUCGUGCGUUGGUUCGAUUGCAGCGAUUAUAUGCGCGAACCGUCCGAUAUUGCCAUACGAGAUAAUGACUUUUAUGUCUGCGAUUUCAAGGGUCAUUGUGUUGCUGUCUUCCAAGAGGAUGGUACUUUCCAGUAUCGCAUCGGUAAUGAGAAGGUCACAUGCUUCCCUAAUGGCAUCGAUAUCUCGAAUGCAGGCGAUAUUUUAAUUGGCGACUCGCAUGGCAAUCGCUUUCAUGUGGCCUGCUAUUCGCGCGAUGGUGUUUUGCAAUCUGAAUUUGAAUGUCCCCACGUUAAGGUUUCACGUUGCUGUGGUCUAAAGAUAACUUCCGAAGGUUAUGUAGUCACUUUGGCCAAGAACAAUCACCAUGUGUUGGUACUUAAUACGCUCUACGUUCACUGAUCGCAAAUCAAAACCAUAACCAGCAGUAGCAAUAUCAGCGUCAGCAACAAUAACAACAACAACAACGAUAGCAGCAUUAAUGUUGGCUGCAACAAAAAUAUAUUACCAAUGAAUGUGUCCAGUGGCAUUGGUGCUGGUAUGGCCGGCGGUGGCAGUGGCAAUAACGUUAACCUUUAUGAAAAUGGCAAUUGCAACAUUGUUGGCAACAAUAGCGUUAAUAAUGCUGCAAGUAGCAGUAGAUACACAUCGAACAACGGCAGCAUCAAUAGCAGCAGCAACAACAACAGUCAUAAUGCCAGCAAUCAUCACCACGUUUAUCACCAGCAACAGCCAUACAAUCAUCCACAACCACAUAAUCAGCACCAUCAUGCAGCGCCGCAUUAUCAACACCAGCAGCAGCAACAACCACCACAACAACAGACUUUAAAUAGUAGCAACUCUAACAACAGCAACAUCGCAGCUGGCAUCGUACACAAUAACAACCACAGCAAUCAAAUGCAUAACUUGACGACAGCGCCACGUUCAAUGGAAAAUAAAUCAAAUCUCUGGUUGAUGAUGAACGGCGCUGGUGCUUGUGGUGGGGUCGGUGCAGCGGCCAACAAUAAUGGUCCGCUUGCUUUCAGUGGUGGUUGUGUUGGCGUUACUGGCGAGCGUGCUUUGCCACAGCCACCGCACGCGCUGCACUAAUUCCCAGCUACCAAAGCCGGAAUGCAAUGGACUCGACAGCAGUGACCAUUUUAGCAGGUAAAUUGCUUUUAGUGGGGCCAAAAACAAAAAUUAUGCAGUAGCAUAACCUUACAUAUUUUAAAUGUACCAGUGAAAACGAAUUAUUCGAUUAACUAAAUGAUAUAGCUAUUUUAAAUGGAGGUAGGUUUUCACGAUUUCGUGGGUAAAUGCAAAUGGAUAAAAAGUAACUAUAGCAAUUAUAAACAGACAAAAAAA